GGGGCUGCGUACCGGGUUCCCAGGCAGGGAGACUUCCCUCGCCCCUAAACAUGAUGAGCGGCUUUCCCCUCCCCUCUUCUGUCUGCGCGGCUCGCCUUCGCCCUCCCCCGCCCGCCAGCGCCCCGCCGGCUCCCCGCGCCCUUCUGCCCUGCGCUGCGCCGCCUGCCAGCGGAGAAGGGAGGCAGCCCCCGUCGCGGCCCUGCUCCGCCUCUGCCCUUGGUUUCCGGCAGGGGCCCGCGGGAGCAGCCUACGGAGCAGCGCCGUGGCCAGCGAACACAACCGGGAGGCCGCUCUCGCCCGCGUCCCUCAGUGAGCUGACCCCACCGGGCGGGCCGUGCCGCCGUCAUGGUGCCCAACCAGCUGCGCCUCACCGCGACUGCACAUGGCCGUGGAGGCUACGAUUCUGAUUUUAGCGAUGAGGAGAGUGGAGAAAAGUCUGUGCAAAAGACUAAAAGUACAAAGGAAGAUGGUCUUCUGGUAAAGCCAUUCCAGAAAGCAAAACAAGGCAGUGUGGUUCACAGACAAUUCGCAGCUGAAGAAUGGGAUAGGGAAGAAGCAAGAAAAAGAAGAUUUCACUUGAUAUCGAUGGAUGCUUAUGAAAGGCAUAAAAAAUUUGUGAGUGACUACAUUUUGUACUAUGGUGGCAAGAUAGAGGAUUUCCAGCGUUCUGGAGCAAAUGACAAGACAGAUCUUGAUGUUAUUCGUGAAAAUCAUAGAUUCCUGUGGAACGAAGAGGAUGAAGCAGACAUGAAUUGGGAGAAGAGGCUUGCAAAGAAGUAUUAUGAUAAAUUGUUCAAAGAAUACUGUAUAGCAGAUCUCAGUAGAUACAAAGAGAAUAAGUUUGGAUUUAGAUGGCGUCAUGAGAAAGAGGUAAUUUCAGGCAAAGGUCAGUUUUCCUGUGGAAAUAAACACUGUGAUGAGGAAGAAGGCCUGAAGAGCUGGGAGGUGAAUUUUGGCUAUGUUGAACAUGGUGAAAAGAGGAAUGCACUUGUGAAAUUGAGACUAUGUCCAGGAUGUUCCUAUAAACUAAACUUUCACCACAGGAGGAAAGAAGUCAAAUCAUGCAAGAAAAGAACCAAAGCUGUACACAACUCUAAGGAGCCAAAAAUUAAGAAGAAAAAAUUAUCUUCUUCAGCAAAAAAGAAGUCCAAAAAAGAGAUCCAUAAAGAUCAGGUUUCUUCGGAAGAUUCAGAUAAUUCUGAUAAAGAUUCAGAUAACAGCAAUGAACAAGAUGGUCCCUCAGAUUCUGACUUUUGGAAAGGUCCUCUACCAGAAGCAGAUGAAAAAUCACGGGAGGAGGAGUUCGAUGAGUAUUUUCAAGAUUUGUUUCUUUGAAGCUUCAGGUUGAUGUAGGCUGAUUUUCUUCAUGAAUUGUCAAGAUGAAAGUCUGGAAAUCCAGUCAUAGAGACCAAAGACAUCUUUCUGCCAGCAUACCUUUUCUACAGUAACUUAUAUUGAUCACUUGUGUAGAUUAUCUUUGUAGAUCACUUCCGGUCUAGCAAUUUUUUUCUUGUAGGUAGGCUGUAUAGUCAUGAAAUAUGAGAAUUUUUUUGGUUCAGUGCAAAAAAUAUAUGGCACCCAAACUUAAAAGGAGGAAGGAUGUAAACAAACAACAAUGUAGUUUAUUGACAUUACACCAUAGAAGUUGGCUGCUUUUUAUUUUAUCCCAAACUUCAGUUAUUGCUAUUUAUUUUAAAGGGGCAUUUUGGCAGAUCCUAUUAAAAGUUUAAAGUCAUAAACUUCAAUAUAGUCUUAUUUCUAUUUUGUUAAAUAAGUGUUAAUAGCUGUAAAUUUAUUCGUCUUGGUAUUAGUCUCUGUAAAUAUUUUUAAAUGCUAUUGGAGAAGUUCAGUUUUUAUCAAAAAUGUAUUUUGCUCGAAUGACGUAAACUGAAUCUGAAAUGUCUCCUCUCCUCCUUAAAAAAGUUUAGUUCAGGGUGAGUUUGUUUUAAAUUUUAGUUACAAUAUAACAUAACUAAUAAUUCCACUUAGAAAAAUCUGGUUGGUUGUUGAAAAUUUGAUGUAAAAAAUAAAGUUUGGCUUUCUAGUGCAGAUGUAUAUGUAUAUGUGAGUUUUAUGUUAUCUGUUGUUUCUAAUCUCCUUAAUAUUUAUUGAAUGUUAAUCCUUCUUUGAAGUGUAAUCCUAAAUAUUCAAGUAAAGAAUGUAUAUUGGUUGAGAAACAUACUGGAUUCAUCUUCCUCUUCAAGUUGCAACACAGCUUUAGAACGUCUUUAUUUUUUGUUUCCAAAGAAACAGUCUGCACAUGAGCAGUAAGUGGCUAUUUUCUUUAUCAGAUAAAAACGACUUUGUGUAUAGAGGGCAAACUUUUUUUCAGUUAACUUUUCACAUUAAUCUAAGUUAAUGUAUAAAAUAUAUUUUGAUAAAUACUUAUCACCACAGAUAUUUUUAUAGAAAUUAUUUAUAAUAAGUAUUGUGGAAAAUGUAACAGUAGAGGUGGUAGCAAUGUAUUUAUGAACAUUUUACAUGCACUCAUAGGAAUAAGAACUCGUAUCUACAAGAAUUACUUAACAUAAUUACAUUUUAAACAGUUUGUACUUACGUAAUAGACAGUACAAGGACAUAUUUAGGGUGUCCUUGAAUAAGAAAUUAACGUUGCCUUGCGUGAAGGCUGCUUUAGAUAAGAAGGUGGAUUUAAAGGUUAAUUCUCUGUCAUCUUGCAAGCUUGGCUGAGAGUCAAAUCCAAUCUACAGCAAUCUGCUUACAUGUAUGCAACGUGCCCAAAGGGUUUUUUUUUUAUGUGUUGCUAUAUUUUUUACUUCAAGUAUUGUAUAUUAAGUACAUGUUCUGGAUAACUAACUGCUCUUUGGGUCUUUAAAAUACAGUUAUAAAAAGGUACAGUAUACAUACUAAAUACAUAAUGCGGUUUGAAUAAAAUUACAUGAUGAAACAACCUUGAAAUAGCUUUCUCUCUAUCCAUGUAAUAU